AUUUUAUUUAACGUCACAGUUUCUGUCUUUCUCCGCCCUCUGAUUGGACGACGUGUGUUUACGUAGCAACCGUCCGGAAGAUGUCGCUCACGCCAGUCCUAAAAAACUUCCGCCUUAACUUGUAAAGAAAACAUAGCAGCUAAAAGGCAAUCGACGGCGUCACCAACCCAUUUAAGAAGUCAGACCAAAGACGCUUGUUUCUCUGGAGCUUGUGUGGUUUUCAGAGUGUGUGUGAGUGUGAGUGGGUGAGUGUAUGUGUGAGUGUGUGUGUGAGCUGCAGAUUCCUCCUCACCUUUUCACCAAGAGCCGCUCCUCCCUGGAGGAUGACAAUGGAGGAGAUGAAGAAUGAAGCGGAGACAAACUCCAUGGUAUCCAUGACACUGUAUGCAGUGAUGUACCCCGUUUUCAACGAGCUCGAGAGGAUCAACCUAUCAGCAGCCCAGACGCUCAGAGCGGCCUUCAUAAAGGCGGAGAGGGAGAACCCUGGCCUGACUCAGGACAUCAUAAUGAAGAUUUUGGAGAAAAAGAAUGUCCAGAUCAACUUCACAGAAUCCCUACUGCGAAUGGCAGCGGAUGAUGUGGAAGAGUUCAUGAUUGACCGGCCCGAGCAGGAGUUUCUGGACCUAAAUGAUAAGGCCAGAGCUUUGAAACACAUCCUCAGCAAAAUACCCGAUGAGAUCAACGACAGAGUACGCUUCCUACAGACUAUCAAAGACAUAGCCAGCGCCAUUAAAGAGCUCCUGGACACAGUCAACAACGUCAUUAAGAAAUAUCAGUACCAGAAUCGCAGAGCUCUUGAGCACCAGAAAAAGGAGUUUGUGAAAUACUCCAAAAGCUUCAGCGACACCCUCAAAACAUACUUCAAAGACGGAAAGGCGAUAAAUGUCUUCAUCAGUGCAAACCGGCUCAUCCACCAAACCAACCUCAUACUGCAGACCUUCAAAACCGUGGCCUAGCCCCUCCCACAGCACAGAGGUCCCCCUGUCCUGGGGGGGAGCGACUUUGCGAGGAUGGAGGAAGCUUGAAGAGCGCCUGACCCAUAUAUGUAAAUUAGAAAGAGUUGAUUUUAGGGUUGGGGGUCGAUUCCAUUGGGAGUCGAAAUUCUAGAUUCCAGUUCAAGAGACUGAAAAGUGCCAUUUGUUUUUUUUCAAUGAGGAUUUUCCAGUCUUGAAAUGGAACUGAAUGGGCCCAAAGUCUUGGUUGAUUGAUUUUAUUUGGACAGUUUUAAUUUAUAACCCUGGUCUUGUUGGGAGUAGGUGAGGCGAGGUGUUUAUUAAAGACUAAUUGCCAUUUUUUUUUUUUCUAAUAUAUUCAUGUUGAUCAUUUUACUUUUAGCUUUUCAAAUCAUGGCUACACAUCUCGGACGACGUUCAGUAAGGGGUGUGUCUCAGUCGUCUAUACUGGAUUUCUCCUCUCGGCUCAUAUUUGUGUCAUUUUGCCAUUGUCUGUACGCGCAGGAUCUAGCUGCGGAGAGAGGAGAGGCAGCAGUUUUUUUUGGACAUUUGAGAGGCAGACUUAGAUUUAGUUUCUCUUUUAUUAUCAGAAGACAGAAAGCCAAAUGACUUCCAGCACAGUGUGCGCCUUACCAAGUCCUGUAACAUUCCCUCCUCUCAGUGUAAUGAAGUGGAGCCAGUCCCUGCUGUUGGGGGAUGUAGAGAGAGACAUGACAGUUCUGUAUUUAACUGAUAUCUGGUUGCAAAUGUUCAAUAAAUAGUUUCCAAAUGAUGAUGCUUUUUUAAA